ACAACGUUGAACUCACAUCACUACUGACAGCCAAGCGUAUAUAAAAAAGUUUUCUGAAUAGUUUUUCGACUGUCAAAUAGUUAGAAAAGAAAAUUAAAAAUUAUUGGUUUAACAGAAACAAACUUGCUCUACUUUUAAUUUUGGCAAUUUUUAUGCAAUACAAAGUGUUGAAUGUAAAAUAAAAAUUUCAAAAAAUUCUUUGCUUACUGCCGCUGAUAAUUUACAAAUUCGCUCUUUGGCAUUAGCAUCAUUGACGAGCGAAGGGUGCAGAAGCGCCAGCGCCAACAGCAAUAUUCAGUAUAUUAAUAAUAGCAAAUAUCUGAGGCAUAAAUUUUACUGUAUAUGCUUACAUUGAGUGUAAAGGAGGCUAUUAAAUGAAGAAUGGCUACUACACAGCAAUAUUCGCUUCGUUGGAACAACUAUUUUCGGCAUUUAACAUAUGCUUUGGACAAUCACCGCAACAACGAUGAUUUUGUUGACGUGAGUCUGUGCUGUGAUGGCCGAAAAAUUAAAGCCCACAAAGUAGUACUCUCAUCCUGUAGUUCUUAUUUCAAAGAAAUAUUCAGGGAUAAUCCUCAUCCCCAUCCAGUUAUUAUUUUCAAAUUCAUCAAAUUCGAAGAUCUCACCUCAAUUAUUGAGUUCAUGUACCAGGGUGAAGUGAAUGUUCAGCAAGAAGCUUUGCAAUCAUUCCUGCAGACCGCCGAAUUACUUGCCGUACAAGGGCUUACUGCUGAGGAAAAGGAAAAACCUAAGUUGCCUCCAACGCCAAUUAUUGAUGAACAAAAACUAAUUAAAACCAUACCCAGUACUAUAAGAGCGGUGAACGAUGUAACAACUGCGACGCAGACAACACCGCAAACUAUAGAAAUACCAACAGCGACUAUAUUGCAGCAGACCCAGCCUCAGCAGCAGCAACAUACCGCCACCCAGCACCAUCACGUACAAACUCAAAUUCAACAUAUUCAAGUGCAACAUCAACCACAGACCCAUGUACAAACUCAGGUGCAGCAACAGCAAACCACAACUCAUCAGCUGCAACACCAACAUCAACAAAUACAACAAACUCAUUUGGGUACGUUGCCUUCGACGAAUACGAUCAAGAAACGUAAAAUGACAUUCUCAGAUGACGAUGAUAAUAUAUAUACAACAGAGGGUGUAGAUUACGGGGUUAAGGAUGAUUCGACAAUCGUAAAAACUGCAGAGAUGACAUUCCUUCGUGGCACUGUUAAAAUGGAUAUACCUGAGUACAUUGUUAGUGAAGUUGACGAUAGUGAACAGUUAACUGAUGGUAGUGUACAACAUACAUCACAAGACGGUGGCGCGGCAGGUACGCAAAACGUUACACAGUACACCUCCGAAUAUGAAAUUCUGACCGAAUCAGAAAUAGAAGAAAAAUAUCAACAAGCCGAUGCAGAGAAUGCAGAAAUAACGAUCGAAAUGGGCCGUCUACUGAAUCCAACGACGAGUACACCAUCAACAACGACACCGCACGCUACUCUAGAUGAAUCAGGUGGAAGUGUCACUAAUGCUAUAGUAAAAAUUGAUAAUAAAGUCUCUGGAACUGCAGAUUUGCCAAAUAAUAAGUGGACAGAAUGUCAAUUUUGCAAAAUGGUCAUAACCACGGUUAAUCUUUGGAGACAUAUUCGAACGCAACAUACGCCGCAACCGCCACGCAAAUGUGAGCUAUGCAACAAAAAUUUCAAAAACAAAUACAGUCUACGCGAACAUAUACGCAUUUCGCAUGAGCAGAAAAUCACAGUGAAAUCGGAAAACUGAUUGACAAUAUUUCAUUUACGUCGUUAAAUAUAUGCCGUACAACCAACACCGAAUAUAGUGAUGUCCUUUCAUAAAUACUGAGGAGCAUAAACAAAUAAAUGUUAAACUUGAGCUGAUGAAAAGGAAAUCCGAAGCGUACACAGCUUAAGGAAACGUGUUAGCACCAACCAAAACAAAUAGAUAUACAUAGAUGGAAAUGUGCAUUAAUUAAAACGUCAAAGUGUUAAGUUAAAACCAGUGAAGAAACACAGAAAUACGUCCAUAUAACUUUUAUAAAGAUGUAAAAAAAAGAGAAAAUAUGAAGUUGUAAUCUUUAAAAUAAUGGAUUAACACUAAAAUAACAACAACUGAAACGUGUUGCGACAGUGAGAUUUAGCCUAAAAAGUGCAAAGUAGAUUUAUUUUAAUUAAGCUACGUUUGAUUUGCAAUAUUCAAUUAAUAUUGAUUGAUUGAGUUCGAGUAAAAUCUUAUUUCAGCAAAUUUUUUAUUUAAUAUAAAUAUAUUUGGCGCUUUACUGAGGAUGUCCUUGACUUUCUAUACCCAUAGACUCGGUAAUAUUGCACAAAUCUUUCUCAUAUUUUUACACAUUGCUUUACCCGGCGCUUGACUCGUAGCACUUAUUUCUACGGAUUCGGUUACAGUGAUGACUGAUUUUCCUUUAAAUCUCCAUUUUUUCUAUAUUUCUUUAAGUGUUCGACUAAUAUUAAAAAUGAUAAAUUAACAAUGGUAAUUCUAUUAAUCCUUGCUCUAACUAUGUGGUUUCCUCACUAAUAUGUUGACAAAAUUGCAUAUGAGAAAAUUUUUAAAUUUAUACCGUAAAUAGUAUCAUGAAAAGCUUAAAACUAAAACUUCAUAUCAAACAAUACGAAUUCAUUAAAUGAUGCUAGUAUUGGCUAAUGUUAUAUGCUCAAUAUUUUUGCUAGAUUGUCAAGGUUUAUUAUGUUUACAAGGCGUCUUUUAGUUUAUUAGUAUAAUAGUUGAAUUUAGUGUUGGAAGCUGGUCUGAAGCAUUGAGAUUUUAAAUGAAGUAUCGCGAUUCAGUAAAAAAAAUUCCUUAUUACAAACAAACCAAAAUCUAAAAAUAAUAAAUCAUAAUAAUUAGAAGUAAGCUGACGAGCCGAGAGUAGUUGAACACCAUCUUGCACUAUAUAUAAUGAAAAUAAAGUAGGUGUGUUGUAUAAAUUUAGUAAGAAUGUAUCAUGUAUCAAUAACAAUCAAAUAUCUAUUGUAAAAAUUUAUAUAAAAUAUAUUUAAAAUAAUUUUAAUUACACAUAGUAUAAAUUAAUAUUAAGAUUGAUAAAUAUACGUAGGUAUAUCGUAUACAAUAAAUAUUGUAGACUUAAAUAUUAAAAGUAUGUUUGUGUUGUAUUAAUGGAAUUAAUUUAAUAUGCAAACAUACAGACAUUUAUACGUAUAAUCAACUGAAGUAUUUGCAAAAAAAAAAAAACAACUCAAAUUGAUCAUCUUUAUCUACAUAUUUAUUUUUCGAUUAAUUUAUUAUCGAAACGAUUGUUACACAUUUGAAUUGAGUAGAAGAGUUUUUCAUUUAAAUUCAAAUACCAAAUCAAUUGGAAUAUCAAAAUUUUUAAUUUUUUGUAUUAUACAUAUGUACGAGUAUGUACGUAAGCUUAAGUUAUAGUAAUAAUUUUCGAAAUACUUUUUACCUUGAACAUAUUGCUUAAAAAAUUAUCCAAAUUUGUAUUGUAUUUAUCAAUUUGUUUAAAAUUUCUAAAAAUGAAAAUGAUUUUGUUAAUAUUUAAGAAGUAAACGCAAAGGUGUUUUUAAUCUUCAAGCGGUCGCGCGGUUAUUUUUAACGGCAGCAGUCGCGCGUAAUCGCAAAGGCCUAUUUAACUAAUAAUCUUAAAUUUUUUUAUAUUUAGAUAUAUUAUCAAUUUGUCGUAAAACAAGUAAUGUAAAUUCAGAAAAAAGCAAUUAUAAAAUCAAAUAACAUAACUUAAUAAUGUAAUUAUGAACGAAAACAUAUUUAGCGCGGUCGAUUCAACACCGCGUGCCCACUUGAAGGUUAAAACAAUAAUUUUCGAUAUCCAACAAGAACAAAUUUUAUAUUAGCUAAAACGUUUGUUUCAACACUGAACUUUUCCUAUUAUCUUAUUGUUCUCAUUUGUUUAAUCAAAAACUAAUAAAAAAAAUUGAUGAAAUUACGUAUAAAUAAAAAACAUACAGUAUACAUACAUACAAAAACAAUAUAAUCAGUAAUGUACUGUAAGCAAAAUUUGAAAUUAAAUCAAUGAAUUUCUAGUUUUUUACUCGAAUUCGAAUUUGAAGCUAGACCUCACCUGCAUAUGUAUUUAAAACUUGAAAUUCGAGCAAACUAUUUAGUAAAAAUUGAAGAUAAACCUUAAUAAAAUUAUAGAAAAUUAUUGUAAUAUAAUCUUUCAUUACUAUACUAUAUGUAUUAUAAACAGACACAUUUGUAGGCAGCUUAGGCUUUUAAUAUAAUUUUGAAAAAUAUAAAUGAAUGUCGAAAAAUGUA